AUGUCCGUGAAUGCCUCGAUCGAGUAUAUCUCGGCCUCCAUAAAUCGUUUUAAUCACGCCGCGUCGUCCUCAUCAUCUUCUCUCGUGGCUUAUGGUUCUGGUAAAUUCGUCGCACUCUGGGAUCUAGAGGUUGACCAUGGUGUGCUCGAGACGCUAGUCGGUCACUCUGGUCUUGUCACCUGCGUGGAAUUUAUCGAUGACGCACAUCUCGCAAGUGCAGAUGACACGGGCUUGGUGCGCAUAUGGAAGUUGAAUAGUGAUGGCAAGGCAUGGUCGCUGCUCAUUGUGCAAGCUCAUCUCAAGGCGGUGUCCGCUCUUUGCACAAAUCUCCAGGCAGGGUAUCUAGUCACUGGGGCAUCGGACUCAACAGUGAAGGUAUGGGAUUUCAGCACAAAAGAUGAACUGCAGGAAGUAGAGUCCAUCGCGCUGAAUGGACGUUACCCCCUGUCUCUCGAGCUUGCAAAUCUACCGCAAAGCAAAGCUCUUGUACUUGCGAUUUCAGGUACAGACAAAAACAUAUACAUAUACCUUCGCUCUGAAGAAAAGUUCGUAUAUUCCGCAACGCUAUCGGGGCAUGAGGACUGGAUCCGUAGCCUGUCAUUCCGAUCACCCCUCACUACCACCGAUCCGCUCAUCCUCGCCUCAGGCUCCCAAGAUGCGACAAUCCGCCUAUGGAACAUCGAUCCUGUCACAAAAUUCAGCUCGAACGCUGAUAGUGCCACAGAUGCUCUAAGCGACGAGCUUCUCGAUGCAUUUGAGGCAUCGUUGGGUGAGCUUUCAGACGCAGGGGAUGGUGGCAGGCAAAUUUCGUUGAAGAAGCAUGUCCUAACCGUGAAAGGCGACGAUGGAAGGUAUCAAUUUUCUAUCACAUUCGAUGCUCUACUCGUUGGCCACGAAGCGGGCAUUACUGCUCUCACCUGGCGGGUACUGCAAAAUAUGACGCCCUCUUCACAAGAAUCACAAUUGACGUUGCUUUCCACUUCAUCGGAUUCUUCCGUUAUAAUCUGGUCCCCUUCCCCAAUCGUCACAGCUCACCCAGAUGCUUCGUCAGCCAUCUGGGUCAACCGGCAACGCUUUGGCGAUGUUGGGGGACAGCGCCUUGGUGGUUUCGUUGGCGGCCUGUGGGCAUGCAGCGGACGGGAUAUACUUGCUUGGGGUUGGGCAGGAGGAUGGAGACGUUGGCAUUGCGAGGCCUCCGAUGGGGAUAGCACAGAAACAUGGACGGAGACUGGUGCAAUAUCUGGACACGCGGGCCCUGUGCGAGGAAUUGCAUGGAGCCCAGGAGGAGAAUAUCUCAUCUCCGUGGGGCUGGAUCAAACGACUCGGAUUCAUGCUGCUCUUCUAACAGGAAGUCGUGAUAGCACACACCUUUGUUCAUGGCACGAACUCAGCCGUCCACAAGUGCACGGAUAUGAUCUUGUUGGUGUGGGAUUUAUUGAUCCGAUGCGUUUUGUGAGCGUUGCAGAUGAGAAGGUUGCGCGUGUGUUCGAAGCUCCAGGGACUUUUGUUCGUUCCGUGAAGAAUCUUGGCGUAGCUGAUUCGGGUGUCAGUGAGGAGGGAAGACCAGUCACCGCCAGCGUACCGCCGCUCGGGUUGUCAAAUAAAGCCAUUACCGAUGCUAAUGCGCAGCUUCCGACCGCAAAUAGCGCGGAGGUGACUCGACGUCCCUUCGAGGGGGAGUUAGCAGCCAUGACGUUGUGGCCUGAGACCGAGAAAGUGUUCGGGCACGGUUACGAGUCUGUCACUAUCAGUGUAUCGUCUUCACACAAGCUCAUUGCCACGGCAUGCAAAGCAACAACACCGAAACACGCCGUCGUCCGUAUUUACGAUACCGAGAAGUUCCGGCCCAUCGGUGAACCGCUGGCUGGCCAUGGUCUGACUGUCACGCGCAUUGCUUUCAGUCCAGACGACCGUCAUGUCCUCACUGUCUCGCGAGACCGUACAUGGCGGCUUUUCCGUCUUCAAGCAGAAGGAGACGGUUAUAUUCCCAUUGCAGCGGACAGAUCACAUCUGCGGAUUGUCUGGGACUGUGCCUGGGCCCUUGAAGGUAACCUGUUUGCUACAGCAUCGCGAGAUAAGACGGUCAAGAUCUGGUGCCCCAAAGAUCAGAGCGAAGACCAAUGGACGGCAGUUGCAACGUUGAAAUUACCAGAGGCAGCUACGGCAGUCGCAUUUACAACAAACCAAGACAAGCAAAUUUUGGCGAUUGGCCUCGAGACAGGAGAUAUACUCAUAUAUUCAUCGUCCUCACCUCCUGACUGGAAACAUGUCCUGAGCAUCAAAACGGAGUAUGUAACCACUGUUCCAAAUAACAUUGACAGCAUACUAAAGUUAUUGUUCGAACCUAGGCAAGCGCACACGGACCACAUCCAUCAAUUGGCCUGGAGCAUAAAUAAGGAGACACAACGAAAGCACUUCGCGAGUUGCAGUGAAGAUGGUACAUUGAGAAUAUGGGCUAUCCAGUUCGGAAUCAAUUAA